AAACACACAAAUGACUGGUACCAGAUUUGUUCCUCAGACACAGGAGACUUAAACUGGAGUACUUCUGCAAUUGAAUGUGGACUUUAGAUAGUUUUGAGGAUUUUUACAGCUUCAUGGGUAAAAUCAGCAAGUUUGUUUUCAUCAGCUGUUUUUAACGAAGGUGGAUUUCAUUAAUGGAUCAGGUUAAGGUGUGAUAUCCCCCUUACUGAAGCCCCAUUCCCAUCACAGCCCCAUGCACCAUGAGUGUGUGUGACUCCAGUGCUUUCUACCUACGGGGGUGGUUACUGGGGGCUCUGUUAUUGCUGGCUGCUGUGCAGCUGUCGUGUGCUGAAUGCCCCAAAUCAUGCGUGUGUCAAAUUCCCACUGAAGUGCACUGCACCUUCAGAUACCUGACCGCGGUACCCGACCACUUCCCGCCAGCUGUGGAAAAAAUCAACCUCGGGUACAACGGUAUUUCUUUCUUGACAGACCGUCAUUUCUUGAAGCUUGAGAAGUUGCAGCUGCUGAUGCUGCACAGCAAUGCUAUACACCGUAUUGAGGACAGGGCCUUCAGAGAGCUCAGGUCUUUACAGGUCCUGAAGAUGUCACACAAUAAAAUAAAGGAAAUAAAUAAGGAUACAUUUAAAGGCCUGUACAGUCUCCUGAGACUCUACAUCGACCACAACCAAAUAGAAUUCAUCAACCCAGAGGCUUUCUAUGGCCUGACAAACUUGCAGCUGGUCCAGCUGGAGCACAACCAACUCCAGCAGCUCCAUGCGGACACAUUCACCACACUGAGGCACAGCCAGGUUUUCAAAGUGUCCUCACUAAGAACCAUCAACCUAUCAGACAAUCUUCUUAGCACCCUGCCUGCUGAUAUUUUCCAAGGCUGCAGUCAGUUGGAGAACAUCUUCCUCCAUGGCAACCCCUGGAGAUGUGAUUGUCGGAUGAAGUGGUUCUCAAUAUGGUCAUAUAGGAAUAGUGGUGUGCUGAAGUGCAGCCGAGACAGGCGAGGCCAGCUGUGUCCUGUGUGUGAAACUCCUGCCCCUCACCGCAGCCGACCUCUGUCCAUUCUCCACCAAGAUGCCUUCACUUGUUCCAAGCCCUGGAUUAAAUCCCACCUCAAGCAGAAAAACAUAAGCCUGGUGGAAGGGGACUUUAUUCCAGUUUACCCCAAGGACUUUAUUGCACCAUUAGGGUCCAUUCAGAUGAACAUGACUGACCAGUUUUACCAAGAUGCCAGCCUGUCGUGUACUGUCCAGAUGCCUACUGCCUUUGAAAACCUCACACAAACCACAACAGAGGACAAGGAAAAGAAUGUGACAUGGCUUACCACAGGCAUAACUACAUAUUUGGUGUGUAAUGUUGACCAUGAACACAUCCAAAAGCUGUGGCAGAUCUUGGCAACUUACAGUGACUCUCCUAUGAGGCUUGAGAGAGUUGUAAUGUUGGCCAAAACACCCGAAAUGGUCUACAGAUACAGUCAGGAGAAGGAUGGAGACAAAGGCUUUACAACAAACAUUAAAGCUGAUAUCAAAGCAACUCCUGCAUGGUUAAUGCAAGACGAAGUGAUCCUCCAGCUUGACCGCACUACAACCACCCUUUCUACUUUGCAUAUUAAGUACCAGUCUGUUGUUACCUUACAUCUUGAAGCUAUACCCUCAAAAAAGGAUCGUUAUACCUGGACCAUGAUCAAAAGAGACAAGCAAACCAAGACUGAGCACACAGUGAUCACAGGUGGAGUGGCAAAGUUGAGCUGUCAAAUCCAAGGUGAGCCAAAGCCUCUGAUGGAGUGGAUUUUACCAGAUGGAAGUAAAGUCCGUGCUCCAUUUUACAGUGAGGACCGAAGGAUUAUAAUCUCUUCUGAUGGGGGCCUGACUCUUCGUGGUGCAGAUGCCUCUGACACUGGUCUCUACCGCUGCAUUGCCACAAACUACUUGGAUGCAGAUGUCCUCACAUUCCGAGUGACUGUUCUUUCUCCUGAUGUGGAGGAGUCUGAUAUGAAUGGUCUUCAGCUCGCAAAGUCAGUUUCUGACAAUCUUGCAUUUGACUGUAAUUCCUCUGGGAGUCCGGAGGGCUCAGUUUCAUGGAUUCUCCCCGACCACUCAGUACUGGAGAAGUCUCAAGCAAAUAGAAAGAUCUACGAGAAUGGUACACUGCUGAUUCAAGGUCUCACAGCCAGGGAUCGAGGAUUCUAUAGGUGCUUGGUUGCUAAUCACUUGGGAAUUGACUUACUGGUGUAUCAGGUGACACUUUCUGAAGAAAGGUUUGAUACCGUAAUACCUUUGAAAAGCAACGAUAACACCAAGAUGGAUUCCACCUUGGAAGAGCAUGCAGUCAACCUCUAUGAGAACACUUCUUCUGCUCCUGCAGAAAAAACAAGUCAAGAAUCCAGGACUGCCACCUCAGAUCGACCUUACCCAAGACUACAAUUACAGGGAAGAGGAAAUUCUCAUGGUAGAAUGAUGCAAAGAAGGAGGGGAUCAGUUCACAACAGACACAGGAUGUUUGGUAAAGCUUCCAGGAAGGUAGACCCACAGAAAUUUGCUGAAUUCAUGAAAAAAGCUCAUGGUGGAUCAAAGACAAAGACUAUCACUGUAAACAAGAGUGUCAGAAAUGAAAUUCCACACACUGAUUUUUCUGGUGAAGAAGAAAAUGGUUCUGGUGGGGGCUAUGAAAAAGAGCAUCUCAUCGUUGCUACAUGGAGAGACAAACCAACCACAGAAACAAUGGAAACAUACAGGCAGUCAGAUUCCGCGCCAAUAAAGUCGGUAUUCACAAAUCUACCAGGUCAAGUUGAAACGACAGAGUUUUAUCCACUGGAAAGAACCAGUAGGCCACCUCCAAAUUUGGAGCCUGUCACCAAGAUGCAUAGCACGGCUGAUAAAAAGCAAGUUGCUCAGCUCAGGCUUUUGGGAGAACAAACUGCAGACAUUGAAACAUCAACAGGGGCAGCACUCAGAUUGACUACAUACCCUAGCAUCACUCCACUAAUGGAUGAUCUGGACCCAGUGGAGCUCGUCCUUCACACAGACUCAGAAAGCCAGAUGACAUUUACAGCAAUUACAACCACAGAAAGAGAGAAAGACACCAUCACCUUCCACACUACCCAAACAAUAAAAUCCCCACAGCUGUCUGCAGGCUCCACCAUUAUCUCCCAGCAACAGUUCCAGAUAAUUCCACACAAUAACAACAGAAGGAAAGGUGGCAGAAGGACCCCUCAUGGUCGGAGGAGGGUAAUUAAGCCCAACAGGAUCACUGACAUGCAGUCUUUUAUCAAUCGAUUGAAACAGCCAUCUGUGAAGAAGGAAGAAACUACCCCAGAGUGUGACUGUGAUGAAAAGAGGAAGACGGAGACCACUAAUGUGCCGCUUGUUACUCCAACGCCUUCUUCCAUUUUAUAUUUAAACAAAACAGAAAAGCCUACCUCCACACAAAGUACUACGACUUCUGCCAUCACUGCAAGUGUCCCCUUCAGCCGUGCUAAGUCUAGAUCAGAGGCUUCCACCGAGUAUAUAGCAUCUGCUGAGGCCCCAGAAAUUGAUCCAACAAUUGGUCACUUUUUUACCGAAAAAGAAGAACAGCUAAUUACCACCACACAAUUCACCACACCUAAAGCUAAGGUUAUCAAUGGAAGGAUUCCAUGGAACAAGCUAUUUCAACGCAGAGAAAGGGGAAAGACACUGAGAAAGCUGAAGAAACCAUCCAUUCCACUAAAAGCAAAACUUCAGACCACACCUUCAACUACAGCGCCUGCUGAUGUGACCACUACCAUGGCGAACUCACAAGGCAUUCUUUGGACUCUUUCACCAUCAAAAAUCACAAACAGCAAAGAAGUCUCAUUAGAUGAUUGUGAGGGCUUAACAUCUGGAGAUUUUGACGUUAAAACACCCAAAUUCAACCAUAUUACAGCAGGUUCACCAAAUUAUUCCAGGCUUUCCAACACAGUUGAAACACCAACAGAAGUACAGACCCUUCCAUCGCCACCUACUGUCGACCAACACUCAGUUGAUAAUCUUAAUGAAGUCUUAACGUCGGGGUCUGGAGGUUUUGCUAAAAAUACACAUGUAAUCAGACAGAGCCUUGCUGGAAGAAGACGACCACAGGGCCGAAGAAAGAAGCCUUAUGGGAGCAGGAGACUCUUCAGGAAACCAACAUUUACUAAAGUAAUUUCAACCGUAGCUGUUGAGACUGAGAAAAAUAAAAUUGAUGAAACCACACAAUCUGUUUCAUCUUACAGUCCCAUUUACACAUUUCCAAUGACUACAUUGAUACCAAGAACCACAAAACAACCAUAUACAACUGUUCAAACCAGAGUCAGUAACGUGAAAACCCCAAUACAGAGAAAUAUUCACGAGUCACUAGUCAAGACAAUCAAACCCACGGCGGAUAGCACCAACACAAGGGGUAAUGCAGAGAAAGGCCUUCCCUUUGACACAAUCACCAUACUUAAAGCUGAGGAAAUUGAUGAUGCCAAUUCUCCAGACAAAAAAGACACUCAUAUAUCUUUCCCUGGCACUUAUAAUCAUUUCAUGGACAAUGAAGCCACAACUGCCAGACCUGCUCGACUAAAACCCACAACAAAGCCCAUGAAGAGUAAACCGAGGAUAGUUGGGGGCAAUGCAGCAAGUUUUACUGUUUUGUCCAACUCAGAUGCUUUCCUCCCAUGUGAGGCUGUUGGAGCCCCUCAGCCAGUAAUAACCUGGAAAUAUUUCUCAUUCACAGGAAACACUAUUCCCAUCAAUGAAAAGAUGGGCAGGUUUGAGGUGUUGAGCAAUGGAACCCUGACCAUCCAAAAUGCCAAUGUUAAGGACCGUGGCCAGUACCUCUGUCUAGCAUCCAAUGAGCUUGGAUCAGACAAACUUCUUGUCACUCUCUCUGUGGUAGCCUACCCCUCACGCAUCCUUGAACCAAAAAUGAGAGAGAUUAAGUCUCACACAGGAGACAGAGUGGAGAUGAAAUGUAAAGCCGAAGGCCGACCUUUACCAAUGAUUUCUUGGAUCUUGGCAAACAGGACUCAAGUUAGGGGUAAAUACAUGGAGAGAGGAAGGGUACUGGUGUCUUCUGAGGGGACUUUGGUCAUAGACAAUGUCUCUAUUUAUGAUAGAGGCUAUUACAAAUGUAUUGCUAGUAAUCCAGCUGGAGCCGAUACAGCUACUGUACGACUACAGGUGGUCGCAGCACCACCAGGUAUUGUUGAGGAGAAACGUCAGCAGCUUAAAGCGAGCUUGAGCCAGAACUUGUGGCUACCUUGCACCAGUUAUGGCACUCCACAUCCCAGCAUUCACUGGGUACUCCAAGAUGGAUCUGUGGUCCGAUUUAAUAAACAUACAAGUGAAAAAAGGAUAUCAGUGUGUGAGAAUGGAACCCUUUUCAUAAAAGAUGUGAAUCCAGAAGAUGAUGGGAAAUAUGAAUGUAUUGCUACGAGCUCCACUGGUUCAGAGCGAAGAGUAGUAACUCUGUCAGUAGAAAAAAAAGAGUAUCCACCUGAAAUAGUGGAGACAUCGCAGAGAAUGACAGAGUUGUCUUUUGGGGAUCAGUUAAGACUUAACUGUUCAGCAAAAGGAGACCCCAAACCAAGGAUCCUCUGGAGGCUACCUUCUAAAGCCGUUGUUGACCAUUGGCACAGGAUGAGCAGCAGAAUUCAGGUCCUGGACAAUGGAUCUCUCAUUGUCAACACACUAAGUGACAAAGAUGCUGGUGAUUAUCUCUGUUUGGCACAAAGUAAAAUUGGAGAGGAUAUGCAGCUCAUGAAGGUCACCGUAUCAAUGAAGCCAGCCAAAAUAGAGCCUAAGUUUAAUAGGAAAAAACAGGUUCACUAUGGAAAAGACUUGAAAGUAGACUGUAAAGCCUCAGGAUCACCAAAGCCUGAAAUCUCUUGGAGCCUACCAGAUGGUACAAUGGUCAACAGUGCUUUGCAGGCUGAUGCUGGCCAUGGAGGAGGCCGAACAAGUCGUUAUGCAUUGCUUGAAAAUGGAACUCUGAUUUUGAACCAGGUUAGCACUUCUGAGGAGGGAGACUAUACGUGUUAUGCUGAAAACCUGUUUGGAAAGGAUGACAUGCAUGUCCACAUAUCCGUAGUGACAACGGCCCCAAGAAUACGUACACCAAGCCAAACCUAUGCCAGGGUGAAGCCAGGAGGGAAUAUUCGCUUUGACUGUGAAACAUUCGGAGAGCCCAAACCAAGAGUUCGAUGGAGGCUAUCUAACAAUGAUGUAAUAGCAGCAUCAAAUGAGCGCUACUUAAUCCAUGUCAAUGGUUCACUGGAUAUAAGAGAUGUGAAGCUUAUUGAUGCAGGGGAGUAUGUAUGCAUGGCUCGCAAUCCUGAUGGAGAAAGCCAAAAAGUUUAUAAGUUAGAAAUCGAUGGGAAUCCACCAGUGAUCAAUGGAUUCCAGCAGAACCGGACCGUUAUUAAAGGUGUGGCCAUGAAACACUCAAGGAAACUUUUGGACUGCAAGGCUGAAGGUGACCCCACACCAACUAUCACCUGGAUUAUGCCGGAUAAUAUUUUUCUUUCAGCACCAUACUUUGGCAGCAGGAUUAAUGUCCAUCCUAAUGGGACACUGGAGAUUCGGAAUGUGCGGCCCUCUGAUACUGCAGAAUUCAUUUGCUUGGCGAGGAAUGAUGGCGGAGAGGCAGUUAUGGUGGUGCAACUGGAGGUUACCAGUGUCCUACGUAGGCCAAUCUUCAAGAACCCCUUUAAUGAACGUCUUGUGUCUCGGAUUGGAAAAACUACCAUUCUAAAUUGUUCGGCUGAUGGACAACCAAUACCUGAGAUCAUCUGGAUUUUGCCUAAUGGAACACGGAUUACCAGUGGAUCCAGGCGCAGCUCUCGUCACCAACCAAGUGAUGAUGGGACUUUAUUAAUUUAUAGCUCUCGUGAAGAAGACUCUGGAAAGUAUCGCUGUGGGGCAAGGAAUUUACUGGGUUAUAUAGAGAAACUGAUAAUACUGAGCGUUGGGCAGAAGCCUUAUAUCUUUACAAGGCCUAAGGGCAUCAUACGGAGUAUUUCUGGGGAGCCCCUGUAUCUUCACUGUCUAUCGGAUGGAAGUCCCAGACCCAAAAUCUACUGGACUAUUCCUGGUGGCCAUACUCUUACUCAACCUCAGACACUUGGUCGUUACCAUUUGCUGGAGAAUGGUACUCUGGUUGUUCAUGACACUACUGUCCAUGACAAAGGAAAUUACAUCUGCAGGGCUCGUAACAAUGCUGGGGAGGCACUGAUUAACGUCCCUGUUAUUGUAAUUGCUUACCCUCCACGGAUAACUACAGGGCCACCUCCUCAACUAAGGGUAUCAAGCGGAACUCCUUUAAAGCUCAACUGUGCUGCGACUGGUAUCCCAAAGCCAGAGAUCACUUGGGAACUUCCAGAUCAUUCAGUUCUUUCAGCAGCAGAGCAAGGACGUCUUACAGGUAGUGAACUGCUUCACCCUCAGGACACACUUGUCAUCCAGAGACCAUCUUCUUCAGACUCUGGCCUGUACAAAUGCUCAGCCAAAAAUGACCUUGGUACAGACUCAAGAGUCACAUUUGUUCUUGUACUUUGAGGGGACAUAGUGAAUUUAAAUGUCAACACUGAGAGAAAUCAAACACCACCCUUUUCCUGUACUUUAUCAUGGGUGGAUUGUUUGAGUCAUCGUUUUUCAGUGUCAUUGUGUAAGGUUUCUCACAGAAAUAUUGCUCUCCUUUUUACAAUACAAUUUUGGAUGUCUAAUACUGUCUCUAUGCUGGACAAACUUAAUUUACAUUGACUUCCAACAUUCAACAGCUUUCUUUUUUAAACAAUCAUUUUGAAUUAUACUAGAGCUGUGCAUAAAGACUCAGGGGAAAACAGAAUUUCCCUCCAUAAACUGAGGAAUACAGGUUACAUGCUUCAAGAUUUGCAAGAAAAAUGCUUUCCUGUUUGAGCUGAACAUUGAACAAAAAUCAAAACUAGGCGAAACUCGGCAUCAUCUAUAUCAGGCUUCACAUUCUUAAAGGAUGUUUACUGUUAUAAAAUGGGGCCUCCAUAAUUUUCUGUUUAUUUUUUUCAGUUCUGGUAUUUCAGUUCUUAAGGUAGGCUGUAGUUUAUCUUUGCAUGGCUAGAAUAUUCAAGCUAAGUCAUAAAUAUAAUUGAAAAGCUAUACCAGAAUUGAAGUAAGCUUGUGUUUUUUUUAAUGUCUUGCUACUGUUUUCUAAUUGAACAAUUCUAACACAUGAUUGUUCUUUCAUUUACAUAAUUUUAUUGUAGCUCUGGUUAUUUGUUGUGGGUCAUUCGCAUGAUGGAAGGUGAACCUCCACCCCUUUCUUUCCCCAAGUCUUUGGCAGAAUCUCACAGAUUUUCUCCUAGGAUUUUCCUGGAUUUAGCUUAAUCCAUCUUCAAAAUAACUUUAAUCAACUUCCCUUUACCCCCUUAGGAAAAGUAUGAUCCUUAACUUGAGGAUAAUGUUUUCAAGGUGAUGCAGAGCACUAGUUUUCUGCCAUUCAUUAACAUUUUGCAUAUAAGCUACAUUGAUAGAUUUUUGGUCAUAGACCUCUUGGCUUCUUCUCUGACUCAUGUUCCCUUUACCACACCGUCAGUUUUGGGUGGAGUUAUAUUCCAAUAUGUUUGCUCUCCUGAGAGUCUUUCUAAUUUCAAACAAAUGAUCGAAGGAUGUUGCAUGAAACUUUCAAAGCUGAACUAUGCUGAGAAUAAGUUACACAAAUGUAGAGUCUAUUUAUUGAUAUAGUUCUGAAGGCAAGUGGUUGUGCUGAAUACGAUUUAGGGAUAAGAAAGUAAAAGGGGCUGGAUACAUAUGUAUUACAAAAUGUAAAUGUUAGGUGUUAUAAAUACACAUGCAAGGCCCUGUUCCUCUUUUAUUAUUUAUUAAAUUCUGCUACACACUUGGCAGUCAGGAGACAAUGUUUUAGUAGAAACAGCCUAUUCUCAUGCUGUUUAAUUCUUAGCUGAUAUUUUCAAGAAGCAGAUCACUUAACAUAAUUAUUUUUAAUGAAAUAUAUUAUUUUCUGUCUGUUAAUCAUCUUGCUGGUUAACCAGGGCCGUUGUCUCUUGGUAUUUUUCCAAAAAUGCAUUGCAGCUUAAUUUCAGUUUUUUUUUUUUUUUUUAGAUUUUUGGACCUGAACAUUGUGUGCAUGAUGUGGUUUAUUGUUGGUCUCCUCUUGUUGAAUCAGAAAUGAUUCCUCUUGUUAAAAUAUUCUGCUUUAUUUGCACUGCUGUCAUACCCUCCUCUGCACUAAGACCUGUUUGUUCUUUCAUCUAUUUCAGUUUAUCUAGUGUUAAAAUCAGGUCAUCAUUUAACUGUUUUCCUUAUUAUUUUAUCAACAAUGAAAAAAAAGUUAAUUGGCUCAAAUACAGUUUAACAGAGCAGGGACUACAUUAAAUAGAGACAAAUGGUUGAAGUAAAGAAAAUUACCUGCAAACAAAGGAAAGCAAAAAGAAAGUUAUUAAACAGAGGGAACCAGAAUAGAGUUAGACAUACUAUUGGUUUGUGGUAAGAACUCCACAUAUAAAGUGAAACUCUUGCUGUGUGAAGAUGGAAACAAAUAUCUAAGGAAGCUGGAAGCUUACCAGCAGUGGUUUUCAGACAGAACUCCUCUGUUAUGGCAGUCUUUCUUUUUUUGUACUGCCACAAACCAAGGUCUCCAGUGGGAUCAAAUCUAUCGACUGGCUUUGUUUGUUUUUUGCAUAAAUCAAGAGAAUAUGGAUUUGUAUUAUCAAUAGCUUUGUCAGUCAUUUUCAGUUUUUUGACUACAUAUACCCCUUUAUUAUACAUAAUAACCCUAUAAAAGAUCUGCAUUUCUGUCUGUA